AUGACCCAAGAAUGGAUAUCACAAUCUAACGCGAUAAAGAAAUACAAGUUAAACACGUAUGAUUUGCACUCGAAUAUAUCUAAAGUGGUGGAUGAAACCAAAUCUAAGAGGUUCGAAUCCGAUGUACAAGCCAAAUCGAUCAAAAUCGCAAAGAAUCCGCUAGUCGGCCUAACUCUGAGGCUCGUGGACAACCCUAGGGGCUACGACGCUCCCAUGAGACUGUACAAUAUAUCGCAAAUACUGGAGCUGGAAUCCAGCCUAAUUAAGCACAAUCAAACACACCACCAAGGCAUCACCGCAGUCAAGAAGUCGACGACGAAAACAAAGAGGAAUAUGAAGAAGAGUGAAUUAAAUAGCAAAAUUAAAGCCGCAUCAUCAGCUGGCCCUAGUUUAAGGGCCUCAGAGGACAGUUGUGACGCUUUUGGUCACGAGUUCGAGCCAGUGUCGGAUACCCAGGAGGUGUGUAAAAAAUGCAAAAUGACGAUAGCGUCCGAGACCAUUUAA